AUGGCGCAGCCGGCCUCAGGGAGGAAGAGCGAGCGGGCGGGCGGCGAGCGCGCAGAAGGGGAAGCGAGCGCGGCGGGGACGCCGGACGGGACGGGACGGGACGCGCCGCGGGGGGUCUCGACGAGGCGGGACGACGGCGACGGCGACGCGGCCCGUCGCCCCGCCCCGCCGAGGCUUGACGCUGGCCGCGCCCCGCCUGGCCACGCCCGCAGCGCGUGGCCACGCCCACUUUACGACCAGCCUGGCUUUCCCCGAACGUCGGGCCCCGCCCCCUUCUUGCCUAGCCACGCCCACUACCUCAUCCACAGGUCCGGUCCCGAUUCCGGCCUGCCGUGGCCCCGCCCCGACUUCAAGCCUGGCCCCGCCCACGACGGCCAGCCCCGCUUUACCCGAACGUCGGCCCCCCCCCAUCCCGGCCUGCCGUGGCCCCGCCUUUCUCGCCCGACCACGCCCACGGCGACCGAGCAGCUCCACUUUCUCCGAACGUCGGGCCCCGCCCCGUCUUGUUUGGCCCCGCCCUCUCCAGCCAGCCCUCUUUACCCACCUAGAGAGCCACGGCCCGGCCAGCCUUGGCUCCGCCCCUCUUGCCUGGCCCGGAUGUACAGCCCCGCCUCCUGUCCCGCCUCUCGCCUCCGUGGGAGUCGGCUCCCACAAGCAGGCCCUGCCCUCUCUCCCUGCCCAGUCCUCGGGUCCCGGGGUGCCCCGCCCGCCCAGCCCAGUCCAGCCCUGGGGUCGGGCCCCUCCCCCAGAUCGAGCGAGAGCCUCUCGCUUCCCUCGGGUUGGAAAGGCGCCCGGCACCCCAGUCCCCUGAAAACGAAGCCCAAACAGGCCGGCCCUGGGGGGUGUCGCUAG